AUGCCCAAACCUUUCAUCCAAGAUUUGUAUGUUUUCCAUGAUUAUUAUUGCUCACACAUUCCGAAUCUGUUCCGAACUCACAAACGCGCACAAAACACAAUUAUUUCCACAGAAGAUUCGCUUGAUAGCAAAGAGUACAAUAUGAAUAAUGAAGUGCGCCCGAAAGUGCAUAAAUAUAUUUAUCACCUUUCAUCUAAACCAUCUGAAGCAGAUAAAAAUGAAAAAAUUUCUCAGGAGCCACGAAUAUGAUGUUUAUCAAUUUAGAAUUACACUCAGAGACUUUUUUCCUCCAAUUUGGCGCAAAAUACAAGUUCCAAGAACAUACAAUUUUUGGGAUUUGCACAUGGCCAUUCAAAGUGUCAUGGGAUGGUCAGAUUCCCAUUUUCAUCAGUUUACAUUAAUGACUCCAACUUCUAAACGCAUUAGGAGCAAAGUAAUUAUUAUUCCAAAACUAAAAAACCAGGAUGAUAUAGAGCUUAAUAAAGAGAACAUUUUAUCAAGUAAAGAGGCUUUAUUGUCAGAAUUUUUUUUGUGUCCAAAAAUGAGUCCAAAAGUUGUCUACGAGUAUGAUUUUCUUUCUGGAUGGGAACUUGCAGUUCGUUUUGAAAAAUUUGUGGCAGCUGAAUCAGGAAAGAAAUAUCCGUGUUGCAUAUCGGGUAGUUUGGCAUCUCCUCCUGAACAAAUCAGUGGUCCUGAAGCUUAUAAGGAGUUCCUGAAAUACUACUCCAAGUAUGUCAAGGAAAUCAACCAAGAGAAAGAAGAGAAAUGCAAGUGUAUUCAAGAAUGUAUGCAUAGUAUUGCUCCUCGACUAAGUGUUGUAGGUUUUGAUCCAGAUGUUUUUAAUCCGGAAUCAGUAGAUUUUUAUGAUCCUGAAUCAUUUUGGGAACAUUUCGUAAAAAAAGUUAUAACUGUCCAAAAAAAUUGGAUGUUUGCUUCAUUUUAAGAAAGGAAAGAAAUUGUAUGUGAGAAGUCCGACGCCUGUAACAAGCAUUUCCUAUGCCUUUUUUGGAAAUAAAUUACUGAAAAGGGUAAUAACUUGUAGUAAUAAGAGAAUCACUCUUAGUUUUAAUACUUAUGCUUACAGGAUUUGGACUACAACUUGAGUACAUUGUUUCCUUCUACGAUGAGUCUCCUGUGCCAAAUAAAAGACAUUAGGAUGUUGUUAAUAAGUUUCAUUUGUUUCACACUAGUGGACAUCAAAACAUACUGCCAAGAAAUUCACUUUUGGGGAGAUAACACAAGAUAACAACCUCUUGAACUACAGAGUGAAUGUUUUGAUUUGUAGAAUAAUCAUGUGUUUAAAAUUCAUGCACAAAUUACAAAAGUUGUUUUUUUUUGUUUUUUUUUAUCAGUGUUGUUACCACUCCCCCCAACUCUAUUUAAAUUUAUGUAAAAUUGAAAUUGGAUAAGACUGAAACAAAUUAAAAUGUGAUGAUGGAUAAUAUGGAUGGACAUGCUCAAAAUAUUAUCAUUGUUCCUUACUUUAAUCAUAUUAAAAUUGCUGUCAAAUAAUACACAAUAUACUUAAAUUGUGUGUACUACUAACAAGAUUUCUCAUGCACAAUACACACUAUUUACACGACAUUACAUUAUUUUAUUUAAUAAAGUUUUGAUUUGUUGGGUACAACUUUCACUCUGGAAUCUUGAGGGUGUUUUCAGCUUUUUUUUCUUUAUAGUAGUGGUGCGGUCUUGUUCAAAGAGAAAUUGUCCAUUGAUUCCAAUCAUUUGAACUAACCCCCUCCUUCCAAAUUUGCUAAUAGCUUUCCAUGAAGUUACGUGAAUUUAAAGUAAAUUUAAAAGAAUAAAAUACAGAAAUAAGAAAGGUGAAUUUCAUAUAUGACAAAAUUUGAGGGAGUGAAGAUAUCCUUUACUCCCUCAGAAGACACCGUUACUUAUGAGAUUUUGGAAACUUGCUUUCCCUACUUAAAACUUUUGAAUAUUUUUAUGAACAGCUCCUAAUAAAAACGUGGAGGGGUAAUACAAAAUUGUUUGUGCAAUUAAACUCUUCACUGUUUCUACAAAGUUUUCGAGAAGACAAUCAUUAUUCUUGUCUGUCAAUUAUGAGUGCCCAAAACUCAAGAAUAUUACAUGGAAAUAAAUAUGACAAAAUAAAUAAAAUGAAGGUCACUUCCAUCACAGAAUUACCAACAUUAGCCCCAUUGUGUCUUUCAAGAUAGUACGUAGAGGAAUAGUACAUAGAGGAAUAGAAGCAACAACAAUCUUGUUAUGUUAAUAUUAUUAUUUUCAGUUGAUAGCUUUACAGUUUUAAGAAAUUCACCCUGUAUAUCAAUAAAUAUAUAUUUUAUAAAUGUAAUUUAAUUUGUUAGUGGCAGUUUUUGCAGAAUUUGUGUGAAAAUCAUUCCAAACAAAUAAAUACUUCAGCAAUAAUUUUUUCAUGACCAUGUCAAAAUAUGAAGAAAAAUGUGAAAAUAUUCUUCUGUAAAACUUUAGUUCAUAAAACAUCCAAAAUAAGUUUAAAUGUGGUAAAUGUGAAAUCACAUGAAUACAGAAUGUCAAUGAAAAAUUCGUCAAUCUGAUGUAAUGUUCUAUUUACAUUGUAAUUUCUUUAUUUUAGUGUAUUGUUAUUUUUUUUCAACUUUAAAUGAGUUUUCCUUUGUUCACUGAUUUUUACUUUUUAUAAUAGCUUUAAAAAUAAAUAUACCAAUCAUAUUUCUUACAAAUUUUUUUUGUUAGUUUGUUUCUACAUUUGUUUGUCAAGUUUAUGGACAAACAUGCAAUGUCUUUCAUUUUUUUAUUGAACUAAAUAAAUUAUAAAAACAAUA